UCUAAUGAGGUACCAGAGCAUCCCUGUCUGUCUCCAGUCUCAAAUCAUGUUUAUGAACGAAGACUGAUUGAAAAGUAUAUUGCAGAGAAUGGGACUGAUCCAGUAAAUAACCAGCCACUGUCUGAGGAACAACUGCUAGAUAUCAAAGUUGCCCACCCAAUUCGGCCUAAGCCUCCUUCUGCUACCAGUAUUCCAGCUAUCCUGAAGGCCCUACAAGAUGAAUGGGAUGCCGUCAUGCUACACAGUUUCACUUUGCGCCAGCAGCUUCAGACUACACGCCAGGAACUUUCUCAUGCCCUCUACCAGCAUGAUGCUGCCUGCCGUGUCAUUGCUCGUCUCACCAAAGAGGUGACUGCUGCAAGAGAAGGUACAGCACAGAAUAUUAUUAUUUUUAUUUUUUUAAUGGUGUCCAAGAAAACACCCCAUUUCCAGGGUGCCGGUGAACCAAUGGAUCUAGGAGAGUUGGCAGGAAUGACCCCAGAGAUUAUCCAGAAACUUCAAGACAAAGCCACAGUGCUGACCACAGAGCGGAAAAAGAGAGGGAAGACUGUGCCAGAGGAGCUGGUGAAACCAGAAGAACUUAAUAGAUACCGGCAGGUGGCUUCACACGUGGGAUUGCACAGUGCCAGUAUCCCUGGCAUCCUUGCUCUUGACCUGUGUCCUUCUGACACCAACAAGAUCCUAACAGGUGGUGCUGAUAAAAAUGUUGUUGUCUUUGACAAGAGCUCAGAACAGAUCCUGGCCACCCUGAAAGGUCACACAAAGAAGGUCACCAGCGUAGUGUUCCACCCAUCCCAGGAACUGGUGUUCUCAGCAUCUCCAGAUGCCACUAUCCGUAUUUGGUCAGUCUCUGGCGCUUCCUGUGUGCAGGUUGUACGAGCCCACGAAAGUGCUGUCACAGGGCUUAGUCUCCAUGCAACUGGCGAUUAUCUUCUGAGCUCUUCUGAUGACCAGUAUUGGGCUUUCUCUGACAUCCAGACUGGCCGUGUUCUCACCAAGGUCACCGAUGAAACCUCUGGCUGUGCUCUCACCUGUGCUCAGUUCCACCCUGACGGGCUUAUUUUUGGGACAGGAACAAUGGACUCCCAGAUUAAGAUCUGGGACCUAAAGGAGCGGACUAAUGUCGCAAACUUCCCUGGACACUCUGGUCCCAUUACUAGCAUUGCCUUCUCCGAGAAUGGCUACUACUUGGCCACUGCUGCUGAUGACUCCUCAGUCAAACUCUGGGAUCUCCGCAAGCUGAAGAAUUUCAAGACGCUGCAGCUGGAUAAUAACUUUGAGGUGAAGUCUCUCAUCUUUGAUCAGAGUGGUACCUAUCUGGCCCUGGGUGGUACUGAUGUCCAAGUGUUCAUCUGUAAGCAAUGGACAGAAGUUCUUCAUUUCACAGAGCAUAGUGGGCUGACAACAGGAGUAGCCUUCGGGCACCAUGCUAAGUUCCUCGCGUCCACAGGCAUGGACAGAAGCCUGAAAUUCUACAGCCUGUAGCUUCAGUUUCUAGGAUGCAAAGCAUCUGGAUCCUAUUCUUUGCUGUAAUGAAAAACUAUGGGAUAAGCAUGGGGUGUUGGACUGAUGGAACAUCAUGUACAUUAUAGCUGCUGAUGUCAGUUUUCUGUAGCAUGGAAAAUUGCCCACAGUUUUAAAUAUAUUUGUUUUCCUCUGUGUUCGUUUUUCAUGUAGAUCUGUAACAGUAACAAUACUUAAUCAAAACCCAUGCACUGCUGACUCUCUAGUAGGGAUAGUGGCAGAGAUGAGGAUGGAGAAAGGGUUGGGGAGAUGUGCAGUUUUUUGUAUGCUGCUCUCUAGUUUCAUUAAAAAAACAAUA